AAGAGCAUGGGGCUGGGGAACCCACGCAGCUUCCCCUUCAUCGAGCCCCCACCCCUGGCCAGCGUGGAGACAGCCGUCCAGUACCUGCAGGAACAGGGCGCCCUAGACACGGAGGAAGAGCUGACAGCCGUUGGGAGACUCCUUGCCCAGCUCCCUGUCGACGUGGUCAUUGGGAAGAUGCUGAUCCUGGCCUGUCCCUUCUUGCUGGUGGAGCCAGUGCUGAGCUUGGCUGCAGCUCUCAGCCUGCAGUCCCCCUUCGUCCGCCUCAGGCAGGGGGAGCCUGACCGCUCAGCAGCCCGGGCCACCCUGGAGAGCGAGGAGGGAGACCCCUUUACCCUGCUCAAUGCCUUUGAGGGCUGGCUACAGGUGAGCAGGCCGUGUUUGUGUGUGUCUGUGCACAUGUGUUUGAGCACAUCUCCCGUGUGUGUCAGUGCUCAAGUGUCAUGUGUCUGUGAGGGAGUGUGAGUGUAUGUGUGUGUG